GACUGGACUCCCUUGCGGCACAUUUCCACUUUGACGAGACCCUGGCGCUCUCGGCUUGGACCUGGACCCCGGCUCCUCUGAUCUACUCCCUCCUACCAACAGGGAACUAACAGGGAACACCCCCCCACCCGCCUGCUCGCACUGCAACGCAGGUACCUCGACCCCCGACAACACUCAAGUACUAUACAAAUGUCAGCCAUACCCCCGAACUCGUGCGAAGGCUUCAUGAGAGCAGCACCAGUCAACAUGGCCAUGGCACAACCUCCCAAGGCAAAGGCUGCAAGGGCCAACAGCACUGCAAACACAAAGGCAAAGACACAGAUGCAUCGCCGUUCAAGAACAGGCUGCUACACAUGCAGAUUACGGCGAAAGAAGUGUGACGAAGGUACCCCCAUGUGCUCGGCAUGCAAGCAUCUUGGACUUCAUUGUGAAUACAAGCGGCCGAUGUGGUGGAGCAACAACGACUCGAGGAGACAGCACAAGGACGACAUCAAGAUGAUCAUCAAGCGAAAGAAGCUCUCAGAGAAGGCGUCACAUACCAUCCAGACAACCAUCAGCUCCCCCCCAGGACUGUCGCAUUCCCUCCCAACCUCAGCAACCUUUUCUGACCCGUUGGAUCGGACGAGAUCGGCUUCAAUUGACUCUCACUUCGCCUUCAACUUCAACAGCUCUCCCAAUGCGGCAGAGUACGGUGCUUACAACCCCCAAAUUCUCCCCACACACUCUGAUUUCAUGUUUAACAUGUCUCCAUACGAGAUUGAUGUCAAGACAGAACGCGAGAUGUUUGUCAAUGAUGUUCCCACAUUAAGAGAAUCGACCAUUUCCACCUUUAGCACUUACAACCCGCCUCCACCUGGCACCAUCCUGCCAAGCUACCCAAUGGACGGGGAAUGGACCGAGCAGAUCUAUCAAGAACGACGGGAGUCGCUAACCGAAGAGGCCCUGAACAUGAACUUUUUUGAUUUCUCACACGGCCCUGCCAUGACUUCGAGGCAGGUUGACAUUGAGUUGGAUGAGAAUGACCAGCGACUCCUAGACCACUUCAUUCAAUUCGUCUUACCGACCAUUUUCCCCAUUCUCGAGACGAACCAGCAUGGGUCAGUUAGCUCUGAUCUGAUUCUCCCCGCUUUGCAAACCAACAAGGGCUACCUCCACUGUUGCCUUAUGAUUGCUGCGCAACACUUCAAAGCUACAAUGAACAUCCAGAGCGAAGAGCUUGAUAAUGAUAUCAUGCGACAUCGCCAUGCCACCAUCCUGUGCCUCUGCGAAGCACUCAACAAGGACGAGGACCACCAGCAGAUUCUCGAGGCCACACUGAGCCUCAUCUUCUUCCAGUGUUGCGUUGGUCGGUAUGAUGACUCUCUUCCAGACAUUCCGUGGCAUCAGCAUUUCCAAGCUGUAAGCUCUUUGGUCAAUAAGCUUGAGCUGCCUCGCAUAGUCACGGAUCCUUCUGAGCAAUUGGCACAGACUCCUUUCAACAUGACUUUGACUGCCUGGAUUGACAUACUUGGCGCAACCAUGCAGGGAAGAGCACCUACAUUUGCGCACAUCUACAGAGAGAAGCACCUCUCUACAGCCAACAGCUCCCUUGGAUUACGUGAGCUGAUGGGCUGUGAAGACCGCGUCAUGUACUUGAUCUCGGAGAUCGCAUGCCUUGAGAAUCUCAAGCGCGAGGGCAUGGAUGAGAUUACUCUCUGCACCCAUGUACACUCUCUUGGUGAACAAAUCAACCUUACGGAAACAGGGGAUUGCUCUGUCAAGAUGCCCUUCAACGCAAAUGGCUCCCUGAGCCCAAAACAACUGAGCAAGAACAUUACUAGCGCAUUCCGCCUGGCAGCCCGAAUUUACCUUUGCAGCCUUGUCCCCGGAUUUUCGCCGAGUCAAGCUAGCUGCGUCGGUCUCGUGGACAAGCUCACAACCGUCCUUCAGCACAUUCCAUCAGGGCUUCAUGGCUUUGACCGAAGCCUUUCUUGGGUAUAUCUGAUUGGAGGCUCCGUCAGUGGGGCCACGUCUCCAUUCAGGCGAUUCUUUAGCGAUCGCAUCGCCCAACUUGGCGAGACUUCCACCUUUGGAAGCUUCGGUGGUGUAGUUUCGCUACUGCACGAAAUCUGGCAACAAGUGGACAACUUCCAGGCAAGCCCUAGUGCAACGGGAUCAACGGAGGCACCAUAUAUCUCCUGGAGAGAUGUUAUGCAGAUGAGGGGUUGGGACUAUCUGCUAGUAUAAGCGGCCACUCUCCAACACAGCAGGUCUUGAGGAGUGUGGCUUGUCACAGCAGGCCCUGGUUCCCCUCAGAUGCAUUGGUCCUACCGUAGGUGAUGCGGGAUAAUCACCGUCCCUUGAACGCGGCGUUGUACUGGAAAUACCAUUUGCAUUUUUAUUUUUAUUUCUAU